AUAAGCACAUGUAGAAAUUUGUAUAAGUUUAAUAAAAUAAAGAUAUUUAAAAGAAUUUCAAUUUAAAAAUAUCAAAUUAUUUUUCUUAAACUAAAUGGGAGUUCGAGGUUUAACGGGCUUUAUAGCCAGAAACGCGGAAUUGUAUUUGACACCCUACGAAUUACAUGACUGUAAUCUAGUAAUAGAUGGAGACAAUUUGGCUUGCAACUUGUACAAGGAUGUUACCGGGAACUAUUCUGCAUUUGGUGGUGAUUACGAUGAUUUCUACAGAGCUGUGGUAAAUUUCUUUGUGGUCCUGGCUGAAUGCAAUAUUAAGGCAUAUGUCUUAAUGGAUGGUGGCUAUGAGCAACGUAAAUUGCGGACAGUUGGUAAACGUAUGAGAGGAAAAAUUUCCGUUAUAAAACGCAUUAACCCCUGUGCCUCAAUAACGGUCUUUCCUGUAAUGAUGAAAGAGGUUUUUGUCGAUGCUGUCAAAGAUUGUGGCGUACCGGUGAUGCGAUGUGUCUUUGAGGCUGACGAUGAAUUGGCCGCAUUGAGUCGCAAGUUGAAAUGUCCCGUUUUAAGUUACGAUUCCGAUUUUUAUAUACACAAUGUAAAGUAUAUACCACUUAUAACUCUAACGGUAAAGGCACAUACAAAACUUUGCAGAAGUAAUAUAAUAGAAAAUCCGGAAGAAGAAACGCGAAAGCUUAGAAAAAAUGAAGCCAAGAAGGUGGAUAAACGUACGAGGGGUAACCGCAUAAUGGACGCAAUUGUCGUUGACAAUAAGGAAAAACCAAAAAAAGGAAAAUCCUAUAAAUAUCUUGACUGUUGUAUGUAUCGCAUUGAGAAUUUAAUAGCAAGAGGCUCCUUGAGCAAAGAAAAAUUGCCAUUGUUUGCUGCCAUGUUGGGUAAUGACUACAUAUCACGUUCGUGUUUUAAAAACUUUUUCCAAUCGGGUAUGGGUAAAGUUGGCAGGAGCCGUAAAACGAAACAGCAGCAACGUAGAAUAAAAGUUAUACUCCAGUGGUUGAAAACUGAAACAGCAGAGUCAGCAUUGGAAAAAAUCAUGACGAGAUUGCAAACAAGUCAACGAGAGUCCCUAAUGGCUCAAAUGGAAGCAGCUACAAGUGGUUAUUCAAAUGAAAAAUGUCGCUCGUACGAUUUUUUCAUUAACAAAUACGAAAAUGUAUUUGAAGAUUUCAUAAACGCGGACGAUGAUGACGAAAUCUAUGAGACGGAGGAAGAGGAAGAAUCUGAUGAAGAAGAGGAGGAGGAGGAGGAGGAAGAAGAAAAUACUUCCAAUAUUGAAGAGGAAAUAGUAGAAAAAAUUGAAGAGGAGGAGUAUGUUGAAAGUGAUGAUUUGCAAGAAACUGUUGAGCAGGAAGAAAAAGAUGUUGAAAAAAAAGAAAAUUCCAGUAAAUCGGCAUCAGAAGAUUCUGAAAAUGAAGAAGAAUCAAAUGAAGAUACAAAUGACAUAAUUUCCUCCUUUCCCCAAUGGUUCUUAGAUAAAUUGUAUCCUGCCAAUUUACCACGUUUCUUUGUUGAUUUCGUGCAUUUACGCAAAUAUAUAAACAAUCCACAAAUAGAACAUUUUCCUUACAGUGAAUGCAAUGGCAUUGCUCUUCCCAUAUUAACAUUAAGUUACUCACUGCUAAAUAAUGUCAAGGGCAAUGAAUUUGUACCCAAAUUAAUGGAAGAUGGUACUUUACGUCCUCUAUUCUUCACAUAUCUAACACGAGCUACUAGAGUCACCAACAUACGCUAUGAACACGUCGAAGUCGACCAAAAAUCCAAGUAUGAUUUUGAACCAGAAAACCCAAAUCCCUUGUUUCUUAAAGAAGUAUUUGAAAAGAAUAUGCAUGAAUUAAAUGCUGAUGAGUUAUUUGCCGAAUUGGAUAAACUGCCGAAGGAUAUUAGAUUGUAUUUUAUGGCCAUUGUGUAUUGGCUACAAAAAUCACAGCACUAUGAUGUGGAACAUGUGCACGCUCUAAUUGUUUGCUUAGUGGUUUUAAGGACCAUCGAUUCAAAAAUCCCUGCGGAAAGAGAUCUUAAAGCUUUCCAAAAGAAGUUUGGCAAAAUUAUCAAAAAAGAACGUCAGGUACGUGACAAGGAUGAAGCAAAUGGUACAAAACGUGUGAUUAAGGAUGAAGUUCUAGCUCUACCCAUACCAGAUCGUUUGGCAUAUAUACCAAAAUCCGACUGUUAUUUAGUACAAAAUGAACUAUUGAAACAUUUUCACAUGCAGGACAUAUUUAAAAAGAAAUACGAUAUGUACUCCAGCAUCAUACUGCAUGCAUUCGCUGAAUUUCAGGCAGUGGUCUUCCAAUUACAUUCAUUAAAUGCUUUACUAGAUUUUCCGUAUGAACCACCUCGCAUGGGCCAAUCGUAUUGUGGUGUAUUUCUAUAUAAUCUAUAUGAUUUAUUUAAAAAUCGUUUGGAUACUGAAUACUACAUAAAGAAUUUCAUUUUUAGGGAUUCUCAAAUGAUGUUCGAUUUAUAUUUAUAUUUGUGGAGAUGGUGUGAGAAGUUCAUACCUUCCUGGAAACAGCCCAAAGAUCAGAAUGUUAAACCCACCUUAAGCAAAAAGAUUUUAAAGAAAAAACGUCAACUGGCGAGAAAAAAUGCUGCUCAAGAAAUUACGGUACAAGAUCCAAAUGCCGAUAUGUUGAGUAGUGCCGGCGAAACGAAUGACGAGUUUUUAGAUUUAAAUAAUAAGUUUUGUACUUUUCUAAAAGUAAGUUAGUUGAGAAUUAUUCAGACGAACAUUGAAUGCAAUAAAUAUAUAUUUAUUAAGAUAUUUUUAAAAA